AUGAGCCGUCGUGUAUACCCACCACUGAAUACUCAACCUCAAAUGCCUAAUGUCCAACAAGGCCCUGUUGGCUUGACUCAACCAUCGAUGCCAAAUGUUCCUCAGUAUCAACAACAAGUGGGAGGACCUAUUGGGAUGCCUACCAUCCAACAAAACGUCCCUCAAAAUGUUCCACAACAAAUCCCACAAUAUCAACAGCCAGUCUAUCAACAACCGCCUCAACAAACACUUCCUCAAAGUGUGCCACAACAACAAUACCCACAAGGAAAUACUUUGCCCCUACAACAAAACAUCGUCGGAACUCAACAACAACAACAACCGGCACAAGCACAGACACAAGAAAAUAAAAACGUCGAACAAAACAGUAUGCCCGCACCAACGUUAAUCAGUUCAGUACCAACGAGUUAUAAUAUGAUCUCCCCACCUCCGUCAAAUCUCCAACCGUUCACUGCUGCAGUCGACAACAAAAGUUCACCAAAGAAUAUCCGUCUGUCCGUAUUUACCCCAUCGUCGAAAGUGGGUCUCCAAAAGCAACUGAGCAUCCCACUGAGCUGCGAGAUCACUCCAUUUGCGAAAAUGUUUCCCGGCGAGAAACUCGACUCGAUUAAGGCGGAUCCAAAGAACAUUAAAAGGUGCCCGAGAUGUGGGGGGUAUGUCAAUCCCUUCUGUGCAUUUGAAGAAGGGGGAAAGAAGAUGAA